AGAAGAAGAAGCAUUCAAUAUACUAAUAAAUUCAACUUGUAAAUAUGACUCCUUUAAGGAUAAAACUUAUAAUUUAUGCUUUGUUAUAUUUGACAUUACAUGUUGUUUAUGGAAAACAUAUUAUGACGAGAAAAUUUUCCGGGUCCAACAGUACAACUAUUGACGGAAUUACAUGCUAUGCUUGUGGACUAGGUGAUGAGAGUACUCCAGUUAAACACUUAUCUGACUGCACUAAUAUACAGACAUGCCAGCUCGGUGAAUUCUGCUAUUUAGAACAUAUCUAUGAUAUGGAGAAGGGAACAGAUUAUUAUGUCGGUGGAUGUCGUGCUCACAAUAUCUGUCACUUACAGACUUGUGUAAAAGAUCAGUUAACUAGAAGACAGGAUCAUUCACAAAUUGUUCUUUGCUCUGAGUGUUGUUCUUCAUCAUAUUGUAAUGGAAAACUAUGCAAUCUACCAAACGACCAUAAUUUAAACUUCACGACAUGCUAUUCGUGUACAAAUAUCAGGGAUCCUAAAAAAUGUCAUACUAUAGUAGAUUGCCCUCCAAAUGAGGUAAACGUUCUUUUAUAUCAAUUUAUUAACUAUUAA